AUGGGCUAUUAUUCCUCAUAUUACUCGUAUGGAUUGCCUACCUUCAUAAUCAUUUUUAUAGCACUCUAUUUGCUAUUCACAGGUCUUGUCGUUCGACUAUAUGCGUUGAAAUGCUCUGGAGAAGCAUUCAAUGUCGGUCGUUUCCUCGAAGAAUCUAGCCCAUACGCAUGGGCGACAACAGGCAUUGGCCUUUGCAUUGGCAUGAGUGUUCUUGGUGCCGGAUGGGGAAUCUUUAUUACAGGGUCAUCACUACUGGGUGGAGGUGUACGAGCACCUCGAAUUACAACCAAAAAUCUGAUCAGCAUUAUCUUCUGCGAAGUUGUCGCCAUUUACGGAGUCAUCAUUGGUAUUGUGUACUCUGCCAAAUUGACGGCUAUCCCAUCCGAGCUGCUCUUCACUCCUGAAAAUUACUUCACUGGAUUUGCCAUUUUCUGGGGCGGUCUGACUGUUGGGGCUUGCAAUAUGUUAUGCGGUAUCUGCGUAGGCAUCACUGGAGCGACGGCUGCCCUUGCAGAUGCAGCAGACCCUGAUUUGUUCGUCAAAAUUCUGAUUGUGGAAGUCUUUGGCAGUAUUUUGGGACUUUUCGGGCUAAUUGUUGGCUUGAUCAUGGUGGGCUCAACAGGUGACUUCAAAGCUGCGCCUGGCGUCGCUGCGGCGGCGCAGGCUGUUGUCUCUCCAUUUGUUCACUAG